AUGGAGGCAGAUAUCUUCUCUAUUAACUCAACACAGUACUGUGAGAGUCAUACAAAUGAUGUCUCUGGUAUUUAUGAUGCCUUGGCAGAAAACGCAGUGGGAGAUCUAUUCGACAUAGAGUCCUUCGACCUGUCGAAUAUUUUCGAUGAGAAUUCAAACAUCCUGACACCAUUCAAUCCAAUAAUUCUUGACAACGCUCUUCAAUCGGGUGAAGGUUUCACGCACACGGAAUUUCAGACCUCCCUGCCUCUUAUGAGCGAAUCAGUGGAAAAUCUAUCCAGCAUAGAGUCCUUCAACAUGUCGAAUCUCUUCGAUGACAAUCCAAACCUCCUAACACCAUUUCUUGACAACGCUCUACAAUCGGGCGAAAGUUCCUCGCACUUGGAUUUCCAGAGCUCUCUACCUCUUUUGAGCGAAUCAGUGGAAUAUCGCCCUCUAUAG